AUGACAACAAUUCCUCCACCUCCUCAUUCUCCUCCCAGAGAUACCCGAGCUCGGGCUGCCCAGGAGACAGCAGCGCCAAAUACACCCACACCAGCUCCGAGAGAACGCAGCCGUGCAACAUCUUACUCUUCUGCAGGAUACGAAUACAGAAACGACAAUUAUGACUACAUCGAGGAAUCUGAAGGCAUUUCUAUUCAUGCCGCGCUAGCGACCCUUAUUCACAGUGAGAAGUUCUCAGACAUGACCAUCAUCUGCGGAGAGCGUCAAUUCAAAACCCACCGCGCUGUUGUAUGCACGCAGUCUCCUUUCUUUGAUAAAGCAAUGAGCGGCGACUACAAAGAAUCUACGUCUCGAUCUAUCGAGUUGCUGGAGGAUGAUCCUGAUGUCGUGGAACGGUUCCUUGAGUUCUUGUACACUGGAACCUACAGCGACGGUACCAACUUUACCUGGGGAAAGCCAUCUAAAGCGGCUUUACUUGAUCCCGAAACUGUUAUUCAAAACUUACAGCAACCGGCGUGUGGUUCCCAAGAAAUGGAUAUGUUGUCACCCGUGGAGGGAAGUGACGAAUGGGUCACCGACGACGAGCCAGAUGAAGAAUACAAUGAUUACGACGACCGCACGGGCAGUCCUUCGGUUAAAAGUGAUGUAGAUGAACAAUCUGAGCUCAAAAAGGUGUCAGAAGCGGUUGGAGAAGGUCACUGCAGUCGGGAAGAAGGACUAAAGCAACUCGCUGAGCUACGCAACGACAUGACACUGCCUCUCCGGCUAUACGUCAUGGCAGACAAGUACGACGUGCCUGCACUUCGACUCCUAGCGCGUGAUCGAUUCUACCGCGCCGUGGAGCUCGUUUGGGAAGAGGCCGAGUGCUUUGCUGACGUGGUUGAUGAGUUGUAUCAGACCACGCCGCCAACAGACACUGCGAUGAGGGAAAUUGUGUGCAGACUUGUGGCGGCUGUGAUCCAUGUGCCUAGGGUCAGGGAUAAGAUGAGGCGUGUGAUGAUGAAGCAUGGGGAGUUCGCUGUUGGGGUCAUGGAGUAUUCUAUUCAUCUGCAUACCCUUUUUGCCUCAGAUGAAUGA